AUGUCUCGUCAUGAACAUAUAAAACAACAAAGAGAGAGUUUACCUACGUUUGAAUAUAAACAUGAACUUGUGGAUGCUAUUCGAGAAUAUAGCAUCUUGGUUGUCAUUGGUGAAACUGGUUCUGGUAAAACAACACAGAUCCCUCAAUACAUUUUAGAAGAACUACCCGAGAUCAAGAUGAUUGGUGUCACUCAACCAAGACGUAUUGCUGCCAUGACAGUGGCCAAAAGAGUAAGCGAAGAACAAGAUGUACGUAUAGGAAAUACAGUGGGCUAUACUAUUCGUUUCGAUGACCAUACUUCACCUACCACUCGACUUAAAUAUAUGACCGAUGGCAUUUUACUACGUGAGGCGACACUCGAUCCUUAUCUCAAGCACUAUGACUGCAUUGUGAUUGAUGAAGCGCAUGAACGUACAUUGGAAACAGAUGUCUUGUUUGGUCUAUUAAAACAAACGCAUCGUUUACGACCUGAACUCAAGAUCUUGAUCAUGUCUGCCACAUUAGAUGUCGCCAAAUUCUCUGACUUUUUUGACGAAUGCCCUAUUUUCGAGAUUCCUGGUCGAACGUAUCCUGUGCAAGUGAUCUAUCCACCUGAAGAGAUCAAGUUGGCUACAUUGAAAUCAGCCUUGGUCGAUCGUGCUGUGGAAACAGCAUGGCAAAUCCAUACACAAGAGCCCAAAGGCGAUAUCCUUGUGUUCUUAACAGGUCAACAAGACAUUGAGCGUGCAU